UGGAGAGUUGUCUACCGUUAGGAAAUUGGUCAAGUGGUGGGUUAAAUAUAAACUUUAAACUGGACUUUGUAUUUUUUAUUUAUUCUCAUCAUUGUCAGUUAAUGACAAUUGUUUACUACUAACCAGUAUUCAUUCUGUAACCAAAUCCAAGAUGAUACAAACAGGAUUAGCGGGAAAGACUCUUUUUAUAACAGGAGCAAGUAGGGGAAUCGGUAAAGCAAUCGCUUUAAAGGCAGCCAGGGAUGGAGCAAAUGUGGUGAUUGCUGCGAAGACGGUCGAGCCACAUCCUAAACUACCUGGCACAAUUCACUCUGCUGUUAAAGAAGUGGAGGAAGCUGGCGGUAAAGGUUUGGCUUGUGUCGUCGACGUACGUGAUGAGGCUUUGGUUUCGAAUGCCCUUGACGCUGCAGCUCAAAAGUUCGGCGGUAUUGAUAUUUUGGUUAAUAAUGCAUCCGCAAUUUCCCUUACAUCUACAGAAGAAACCCCCAUGAAGAGAUAUGACUUAAUGAAUAACAUCAAUACCAGGGGUACAUUUUUGGUAUCUAAACUAUGCAUACCGUUCUUGAAGAAAAGCUCACACGCUCACAUCUUGGUUUUAUCACCACCUUUGAAUAUGAAUCCCUUUUGGUUUGGCAAAAAUCUUCCAUAUACGAUAUCCAAGUAUGGCAUGUCGAUGUGUGUGCUUGGUUUAGCCGAGGAACUCCAGUCAUUUAAUAUUGCUGUAAAUGCAUUGUGGCCAAAAACAGUUAUAAAUACGGCAGCAGUAGAAAUGCUCCUUGGAAAAGAGUCGAGUAACAACCAUGCGCGAACACCUGAAAUCGUCGCGGAUGCCGCGUAUCACAUUUUCACCCAAGAUCCAAAGCCAACAGGUCAAUUUUUCUUGGACGAAGAGCUACUAAAGAAAGCUGGUGUAACCAAUUUUGAUCACUACGCUUCCAAUCCCAAAUUUAAAGAUGAUCUUUACAUGGACGGAUUCAUAGAUGAAAAUAUCUCUAAAAUUACAGAUUUUGCGCAAGCGACGAGCAUAAAAAAAGUCCCAGCUCCCACUGUCGGUAAAAUCUCGGGCAUUUUUAAAACGAUUGAGAGCAUAUUAAACCCGAAAUUAGUCGAAAAAACUCAGGCAAUUUAUCAGUUUGUUGUGACUGGUGAGGAGUCAAGUACUUGGUUUAUUGAUUUGAAAACCGGUGCAGGAGCGUGCGGAACGGGACAGCCACCUCAAGAAGCGGACGCAACUUUGACAAUGGAUAGCAAACAUUUCUUCGAUAUGUUUUCAGGUAAAAUGAAACCUGCCACUGCGUUUAUGACAGGUAAGUUAAAAAUAAGUGGCAAUAUGCAGAAAGCCCUCAAACUUGAUAAAUUAAUGGUAAGUCUAAGGGAAAAAAUUUAAGGCUGUUCUAUUUAUUUGCGAACUGCGAAUGAAUUAACAUAAUUUGUUUAUUAUAAUAUAUUACAUAGGACAUUUUGUAUACUGCAUUGUAUGUCAGAAAAAGAAAUGUGCUGAUAUUUUUGUACUAUAAACAGUAGGUAAUUAAAGAUUUUCUUCUUUGGUUUCCAAA